UGAGAUGCCAACGAGGGUGCCAAACCAGAGCUCCUUGAGGCUGUUCAAGGGCCAAAGCUACAGGAAGCUGAAGGCAAAAUGUCUGUCUGUGGGAGAGCUUUUCGUUGACACCGAAUUCCCUGCUGGUGCGGCUUCUCUCGGUUUUGAAAAGGCAGUGGAAUGGAAAAGGCCGAAGGAAUUGGUCGCGUCUCCGCAGUUUGUGAAGAGUAUGAGCAGAUUUUCAGUAAAACAGGGAGAAUUAGGUGACUGUUGGUUCCUAUCAGCCCUCUCCGCUAUCACCCAAAACCCAGGCUUGUUGUGUCGUGUUGUGCCCAGAGACCAGGACUUCGCUAAUAACUAUGCAGGAAUCUUUCACUUCAAGUUCUGGCAAGGAGGUCAGUGGGUAGACGUCGUUGUCGAUGACCGGCUACCUGUCGUCUUCGGGGCAAUACUGUGCUUCACGAGCUCGAGAGAUGACGACGAAUUCUGGUCGGCGUUGCUCGAGAAAGCUUAUGCCAAGCUCCACGGCUCGUACGGCGCCUUGGACAGCGGCAAGAGCUUCGAGGCGACGGAGGACCUGACGGGGGGCGUGACGGAGCGGUUCCUGCUGCGUCGCGAGGACCUCCCGACGCCGACGCCGACGACCCUCUUCAGCGUCGUCGCCAAAGCCAGGCAGCGGGGGUCGCUCGUCACCUGCAGCAUCUCGGAGACUCGAGAGACACUGAUGGAGAAUGGACUCGUCAAGGGCCACGCCUACAGUGUCACGGGGGCGCGGCGCUUCAGGGUGAAUGCUCCUCGAAGACCCUACGUGGAGCUCCUGCGUCUGAGGAACCCCUGGGGGGACGAGACGGAGUGGAAAGGGAUGUGGAGUGACGACUGCGAGGAGUGGAAUCUGAUCCCGAAAUCAGAAAGAGACAAACUCCAGCUCAGCAUCGAGGCGGACGGAGAGUUCUGGAUGUCAUUCAGUGAUUUCUCAGAGAAUUUCGACGAGCUUUUCAUCACAAGCCUGAACCCCCACACCGUCAACGAGGAGGCCAAGGAACACCUUAUCACCAUGGCUGACGUAGUGACCGAGGCCGUCCUCCACUCCGAGGUCAUAAGAGCAGCUGAGGUCAACGCCGUGAAGGUGUGGGAGGUCGUGGCCUUUGACGGCGCUUGGGUCCGCAACGCCACAGCAGGAGGCGGAAACACGAGAGACAGAGUGUUCUGCAGUAAUCCUCAAUACAUACUUGAGCUGACAGAAGCUGACGACAGCGCAGAGGAAGAAGGCACCUGCGCUGCCAUAGUGACCCUUAUGCAGAAGAACAGAAGGGUCAAUCAGCUACCCAUUCACCCCAUUGGGUUUUUCAUUUACAAGCUCGGAGAGGGAGAGAAAAUUCCCAACCCACUCACCGUAUCUUGGCUUAGGCUGAACGUACCUUAUUUCUACACCAAGACCUUCCCAAGGACACGGACCGUGACCCAUCGCCUCGCCCUCAGCUCCGGCAGGUACCUGGUCAUCCCUUGCACACCCAGGCCGGACCAAGAGGCAGAGUUCCUUCUUCGGGUUUUCUGUGAGAAGCUCGUUAAGAUGGAAGAGUAUGACGAGGAGGCCCUGAUUCUCGACAUUGCCGAAGAGCCUGAGGAUGAGGUAGACUACGCCGUCGAGGACCACCUGCGUGUUGUGUUCCGAGAGUCAGCUGGGGAGGCCAACGAGGUCGAUGCUGUCAAGUUGCAGUGCAUGCUCGACCAGAUCUUCCCUUCUGCAGGUUUUGCUGACUCGCUCGACUGCACGCGGAGUCUCCUUGCCAUGAUGGACGCCGAUUUCUCCGGGACAGUCAAUUUUUACGAAUUCGAAGCGCUUGUUUCUUCCCUCAGGCGCUGGGUGCGAGCGUACGACGCGAGGAAGGGCGAGGAGAGCGGCCUCCUGUCGGGGCACUCGUGGGGCCUCGGCGACGCCCUCAGGGACCUCGGCCUCCAGAUCCCGCGCCGCGUCCGGGCCCUCGUGGUGGUGCGCUACGGCGACCAGCAGGGGCACGUCGCCCUCAGGGACUUCCUCAUGGCCGUCUGCAGGGUCUCCGUCAUGUUGGUGAGAUUCGAGGCCCAUCGUGUAGAGGCCGACCAACAGGCGAAAAUCCCUUUAACAGACUGGCUCACGAAUACCCUCUAUUGCUAAGAAGAAUUAUGUACUCCUGUGUGACAAAAUGUGUAGCUUUGGAUAAUAAAGAAUUAUGCAAACUUUU